AAUUGCUAACAUGGAAAAGCGAUAUUCACAAGGACACAGCGUGAAUAUACUCAAGUGCUCCGAGCAUGCACCUAAAAAAUACGCUCAAUGAUCGCGACCUAAGCUUUAUUAAAGUUCUAGCCUAAAAAUAGGGCUAACCUUUCACUGUUUUAGGCAUCUUCUUCUUUUCCUAUGCCCUUCCGCCCUUCUGCCCUUCGUUUCUCUGGGGCGUGAGAUUCAUUCGCUACCUUAAGCACAUAUCCUGAUCUUACUACCAGCGUCAGGGGAUAUUUGCUUGACCUACAGCAUUCUACUCUUUUUGGAUUUGGCACCAUAUCCUAAUAACAUCACCGUGCCGGGGCAUCCUCGGUUCUUUGCAGGUCUAGCAAACAUGGUCGUACCUGCCCCAAACAUGGACAAAUCCCAGAAGUUACACGCUUUGACGAAUGUCACCAACCAAUCUGGUGAUAUCUACAGCCUGCAGUCAACGAUGUUCUCAUCAUCCCAGCAGCCCCCACGCGUGCAGCCUCAGCAGAACGACCAUAAUCCUACUGACUCGGGCUCGGAUUCAGACGAGUAUUUAACCAGUGGUCGUGCCAUCACGAAGAAUAAGGAUGUCGUUUAUACACUUCUAGGCGACGGAGUAAACAAACCAAGCCAUAAGGUCGCAACAUAUCAACUCAAGCAGGGGCAAUUAACAAAUGAAGGUGAAAGCUUCAUCCCUUGGGCAGCUGUAAAAAAGUAUCCAUUCACUUAUGUUGGCAACAACAAUCGUCAGCGGGUGGCUGAAGGAUUCUUUGAUCGAGGGAAAGUCUCCAACGAACCUUGGGACUUCUUCUACAUUUACCGCGGCGCUUCCGACCUGAACCUUCGACCCAUUUUAUUAGUGCCAACCCGACAAGUUGAGUCAUUCUUAGAAAGAAUAAACCAGGAACUUGGUACAGCUCUCGCUCUUCCUACAGGAGGAGCAAACGGCUCCUUCCAGGUCACCUUUACCAACGACGGUAAUCCUCAGCCGCGUUAUCUAGGUUACUCUAGCAGUAGCGAGAUGGCCGAGACUCUCAGAAACAAUGUCCCUCCCCACUACUUCAAACUGGAUGGUGAGCCUGGUGCUGUGGGUACACCUUCCGACAGGUCGCUGGCUGCUUUCCGUGCGAAGAUUGCUCUGAUGACUCAGGCCCAAAAGGGAAAGAAGCAAGCAAGUAGAGAGAAGCAGAAAAAGGACAGAAUUGAGAAACAGCAGUCGUGGCACCACUCGAUCAAGAGAGUUCAAAGAUAUCUUGGACUUAGAGAAUCUACCUCAACACGUAUUGCUACCAUCAAGGCCGAGCUAGGCGAAACUGAUCAUGGCUGGGCCCGAUAUGAAGAUUCUGUCAAAGAGGCUCUGGCUAAAAUGCCCCCAUCAGCUAUUUUCAAGACUGAUGAGCCUGCCCCAUAUAUUCAAGAGAGUUCUGUGGUCUUCGUGUGCAUCGACGUUGAGGCUUACGAGCGGAGCUCCCGAAUUAUCACUGAGAUUGGUAUUUCAACUCUGGAUACCAACGAUCUCAAAUCAUUGGCCCCUGGUAAAGAAGGGACUGAAUGGAUGAAGAAGAUUCGUGCUCGUCAUUUCAGAAUCAAUGAAUAUAAACAUUACAACAACACCGAAUUCGUGGCUGGAUGUGCCGAUAGAUUCGAGUUUGGUGACAGCGAAUUCAUCAAUCUCAAGGAUGCCCCUCAUAUCAUAUCCACCUGCUUCAAGCCACCAUUCUCUGGUCCCAGCGAUGUUUCGUCUACGGAGAAUGAGCAACCAAAGCGUAACAUUGUUCUAAUUGGCCAUGAUGUCGGUGCAGAUAUUCAAUACCUACAGUCCAUUGGCUACGAUGUUCUCAAUCUUUCCAAUCUGCUGGAGCAGGCAGACACCGCAAUCAUGUGGAGGUACCUGAAGCGGGAGACGAAUCCACGAAACUUGGGUAGCAUUCUCGCCGAAUUGGGAAUUAUUGGCUGGAACCUGCAUAAUGCAGGUAAUGACGCGGCAUAUACCCUUCAAGCCAUGAUCGGAAUUGCCAUCAAGCACAUCGAGGAGAAGCAGAAGAAGAGAGACGUCAAAGAUCUGGAGAAGAAAAUUCGAAUCUCCGAAUCUGUCAAGGAAGCUGUUGAGAUUGCGGUCGAGAGAGAAGAGGGCUGGAGUUCUGGAGGCGAAAAUAGUGACGGAGGUGCCCCAGUUCCUAUCGUCCAGCAACCCUCGCCCCAAGUCAAGAAGCUCCUCAAAUCUCAGACUCGGCAACGGAGUAACCCUACUACAUCUACUGCUAGAGAAUCCCGUGGCCCUUGGAAACCAGAGGCUCCUUCUCAAUCCAGCACAGCGUGGGGUACAAGCAACAAUCAAUGGGGUACAAGCCAUUCCAGUAAUACGACUGGAUGGGGUGCCAAUCACAGCCAGUGGAGCACAGCGUCGUCCCAGCUCAAUGCUUCUACAGAAGCCUUCUCUUCUAUGCUGAGCAGCCAAAGCGACACGGGUAAAUCCGUUGCAUGGCGAUCAGCAUCCGCAUCUGGGCCAGUCGGACGUCCAGGUCCUGUUGUGGAUAGCUCAAAGGCCACAAAGCUGGAGAGUCUCAUGAAGAAGACUAGCAUUUCCAGGGGAUCAGGUGGAUCAGCAGCCAACACUGAUCGACCCUACGACACCUCUAGCUGGUCCAAUCCGAAACCGCGCGCAUCUCAAGCUACACCGGAGUGGACAGUCAUUGAUGAUAGAACACGGAAAUAACGUCUUGGAGCAGUUUGAACACUUUCAAAAUCUUGCUCUCCGAUAUGGAAGACAGUAUGGACUAUUUGCCAGGCGUAAUGUUCGGAAACAUUUUCGACUUUUACGAAUUGGUCUGUAGAGGAAGACAGAGGGUAGUACGGGAAGACCCUCGUGCCGCAUGAUUUCAAAACGAAGCUUUAGUCCGCAAACUGGCUUUUGCCUGAUUCGAUAGACAAGCAUUGGUUUCAUAGAUGAGCCUAGACUUGAAACAAACUGACCAGAAUUGAUUCUUUCAGAGAAGAGAUCUGCCCUUCAUGGCAUUCAUUAACCCUCCAAAUCCAAAUGUCGCUGAACGCCAACGCUGAUGCUUCAAACCUCCAGUAUCGUACAUUAUUACAUUGAUAUACAUAUUCUCCGCUCGAUUCGACCGCUCAACCAUUCUUCUCCAAAAAUUCCUUCGCUUCGUUGACUUUUGUGGCUAGGUAUGGACUUCCGCCUCGAUCGGGAUGAUUCAACAUCAUGAGCGUUCGGUGAUUCUUCCGUAUCCGCUCCUUGGUAAGUUGACGCUCGCUGUAGAUGACUGUCAGGUCCCAUGCUCUCCUUUGCAGAUUCCGAGGUAAAAGUUCAAAGUGACGGACCUUAGCUGUAGGAUGAGAGAUGCCUCUCUCUUGUUCAUCUUAGGCUCGAAUCCACCCUUGUAAAACGCUUUCCCCAGCGCGCCAACGGCCUCUCCUCGCGAUCGCCGUAAUGCCACAAGCCCUGCUCUGCCCUUCAGACUGUCAGCGUUACUAUCUUGAUCUUCGAAGGGUAUUCCGUACCAAAAACGCAGCCACCGCCACACCAGCGCCCAUUGCCAGUAUAGAAGCCAUGAUUCCCUAUCAAUAGAUAUACCCAGACUCGCAGAAUUACUCUUCGUUUCGUAGAUAUAUUCGGUCUUGAAUAAUGCUUUUGAUGGUCCGAAGUCUUUCUUCGAC